UAUCAUUCCAAUAAAAUUAAAAAUUUUUAGUAUGCAAUGAAAAUGAGGCACAAGGUCAGCAAAGAAAUAAAAUACAUAGUCAAAUGCAGAGGGUGUUGGGAUACAGUUGACUCUCCUCUGGACUUCAACAAAUUUAAAUCAAUGGUCGAAGCUUAUGGCGAGGAUCAAGAACCAGUACUACUUGAAAGAACGCACUUUCAACCGAGUUGGCGUCAUGGGGAAAUUACGAGUCGGUCACAAACUCGGAGAUAUGCCCCUAUCUAUGAUAAAGGAUUAAUUGAUUCAAAUUUUGAUUGUUACCCGUACGGAUAUAGAGGAGAUCCAAUAAUUGAUCCGACUAAAUAA